AUGAUCGAGAGGUUGCACGGGUUCGAGACGGAGCUGGCGCGGCGCUUGGGUCAAGACCACGUGUUCCGAGAGCUCAAGACGGCUCUCUCGGAAGCCGAAAAGAAGUUCGAACAAGUAGAGGAUCUGCGCACUCGUGAAUUGCCCGCCGCCCAGCAGCAAGUAGAAGCGAUGACUUUGCGCCUGGCUGCUGCGAAACAUAAUUUGGGCGGCGAUCUCCAAGCUGCAACAUCCAAGACAUCCAAGUACAAGAAACUCUUCCACAGAGUUGACAAGAAGCUUGACACGACCAGAAUGGAGUUGAAAAACAUGACGAAGAGCCAUCAAGACUGCCUCCGUGAACAAGGGAUCGUAGAGGUGGAGCUGCAACGGAUGCGAUCAGACCUCGCAGACCGGAACGCCCAGAUGGAUCGUCUGCGCAAUCAAGCAUUAAACUGGGAACAGCAGUGUCUCUAG